AUGACUGUUGAUAAGGGACUAUGGAUCUUGGGUUACGGUUCUCUCAUUUAUAAACCACCACCACAUUUUACACAUAGAAUUCCUGCCAUCAUACAUGGAUUUGAAAGAAGAUUCUGGCAAAGCUCUAUAGAUCACAGAGGUACUCCAGAGGCGCCCGGUAGAGUAGCGACUUUAAUAGCUUAUGAGGAUAUUAUUGCUAGAGAUGAGUUUAAAGAAGAUUUCCAUUUGUAUGAAAGUAAAGAUCCAACGGCAAUCUCCAGAGAUGACUUAACUACAGUCGGUGUAGUGUACUAUAUCCCAUCCGAUCAUGCUGCUGAUGUUAGAGAAUAUUUGGAUAUUAGAGAACAGAACGGGUACACAUCACAUGAGGUCGAUGUUCACUUAGAAGUAUCUUCUUCUCAAGAGGCAGAAUUGAAGGAUUCAUUAAGUCAUUUGGAUAUUCAUGAACCUUCUGGAAGGAAAGUUCUAAGAACGUCGGUAUACAUUGGUACUGUGGAUAAUGAAGCCUUUGUAGGUCCAGAAGAUAUCAAGGCUACAGCUGGUGUCAUUGCUACUUCUCAUGGUCCAAGUGGAUCAAAUUAUAAAUAUUUGAAAUUGUUAUGUGAUUCUUUAGAUGAAAUGGUUAAGGAUGGAUCUAUGAAAGCAACUGAUAACUAUUUAAAGAAGUUACUUGAAGAAGUCCAUAAGGGCCUAUAG